ACGCUUUUCAUGUAGUUUACGGUAAUACUGACCUACAUUCCCUGCAGAGAAAAGCUAAAACUAGGCUGAACUGUAUCAGACGCGCCCGUUCUUCGCAACUCCCCGCGGUACUAGUUCUGUCCUUUGACCUUAACCGAGAACAGCUUUUUGGGUUCUGAUGUCAGAGUGAAGUUCUACACCCAGUUUCUGAGGCCAGAGUGAAGUUCUACACCCAGGUUCUGAGGCCAGAGUGAAGUUCUAUACCCAGGUUCUGAGGCCCGAGUGAAGCUCUACACACAGGUUCUGAGGCCAGAGUGAACUAGUGUACCCCAGUUUCGAAGGUCAGAGUGAAGUUCUACACCCAGGUUCUGAGGCCAGAGUGAAGUUCUUCACCCAGGUUCUGAGGUCAGAGUGAAGUUCUACACUCAAAGUCGAAAUUCAUCGGUCCCUGUUUCCAUGGCAACCGCGACAGAGAGAUACAAAAGCCAUAUAGACAAAACGAAAUGGUACGAAGUAAAUGGGGUGUUAUACCCAGGUACAGCCGAAAGACACGAACAUAUCCGAGGAUUUCCGAUCAAGUCCGAUGAUAUCACCGUGGUGUGUUACCCCAAAAGUGGCACUCAUUGGGUUGAACGUAUUCUGCACUACCUGACGAGUGAAGAGGCCCUCGACAAAGUUCAGCACCACACGUCCAUACCUAUAGAGGUUAUAGUACCACAUCUACCCAAGACGCAGUUAGAAGUGCUCAGGGAAUCUCCGUCCCCUCGGAUCAUCACGACUCAUCUCCCUUUCGAACUUUGUCCCCGGGAAUCUCAGGAAGGCAAGGGUAAAAUUAUCCUAGUCAUUCGGAACCCCAAGGACGUGGUUGUCAGCCAUUACUUGUUCCAUCAGAAGGUUAAUCCAAAAGCCUGGAGUAACUUUGCCUGGGACGAUUUUCUUCAAGUGUUCUCUGAUCCUGACACACUACCAUACGGCAGCUGGUUUAAUCACGUGAAGAAAUGGCUAGAACAUCGUAAUGACUCUAAUCUGUUGAUCGUGAAGUUCGAAGAUUUGAAGAGGGACCUCACGAAUGGCGUCUCCAGGAUAGCAGACUUUGUAGGCCGCCCUAUCUCUGGAGAUCUCGCCUCUGCCAUUGCAGCCAAAUGUCAGUUUGACAAUGUUAAGAAGGAAGGACAGUCGGAGAAACCAGAGCAGGGCAAUGUAGGAAUUUCGCUUUAUUUGAGGAAAGGUCAGGUUGGUGAUUGGAAGUCUCACUUUACCGUGGCGCAGAAUGAGAUGUUUGAUGAGGUCUAUCAGAGGGAGAUGGGUGAUACAGAACUGGCGAUACAGUUUGAAACCUGAUGACUAUCGAAGAGAGAUGGGAAUAUAGAGCAGGGGAUACAGUUUGGAAUCUCAUUACUAUUAGAGAGAGCUGACGAUACAGAGCGGGGGAUACAGUUUAAAAUCUCAUUACUAUAAGAUAGAGAUGGGAGAUUUAAAUCUGGGGAUCAGUCCGAAACCUGAUUACUAUCAGAAAGAGAUAACGUCAUUGGAGAGAGAGAGAUGGGAGAUAUAUAGCUGAAGAUGUGGGAUGAAUCUCGAUUACUGCCCGAGAGAGAUGAGAAUACAGGAAUUAAGAUAUAGUUUGAAACCACAUUGCUCAAUACCAGGCUGGUGUAGAUAUAUUUAUUGAAAAUACCUCAUUGAAGCUAAUCGAAAAUUUGUUACUUUUAUACGUCUGUCCAUUGUCACAAAAGGAAUCGGUGAAUAAACACGUUUUAACAUACGA